AUGAUCGAGACCUCAUCGCUGCCAGAGAACGAUCAAGAAAAUACGAUGUCGAAAUCGUGGGUCGUGACACUUGGUAACGAAGAAAAUCAAGAGAACAUAAUCAACGUGGUGAAUGAGACAUCGUUUUCCACCCCAACAAAGAAAGACUCGAUGCUAGAGACGCCAUCUACGGUUUCUGCUCGCCGAGAAUGGCUCAACAGCUUUGCAAAGCGAAAUUCAAAUCAUUGUCCAGCAAGGAACUAUAAGAUCUCCUCGGAACCUCUUUGCGCACCACAAAUUGAAACAGCAGUGCAUCAACCCCCGAGGAGUAGUACUGCUACAAAACCUAUUCGCCCGGUGGUUCCGAUGACUGGAACUAUCAAUCCCAUGGAACCAGCACCAGCUUCAGUAAAAAGGAACUUUACCCCUCGAAAGAAGAAGAUUCUACAUGCUGGGAUUGAAGCGACAGAUGAUGGAGUUGCGUCUGUUGCAAAGCUGUCACAAUGGCUUGCCAACGACCCAACGGCCUUAAAGAAAAAGAAAAUGAGUGUCAUUAGAGGACACAAUGUCAGCUACAAAUCGCGAAAAUUUGAUCGAGGGCAAGAGAAUGUGGUUGUAAGGGAGAACCAUAUUCAACGAGGAUCUGUCAGCGACAAGAAAAAUUGGCUGAAGAAUGCGUUUCAGAACAUGGAUGAAUCACCGGUAGAUGAGUUGACAAGCCGGCUGAAUACUCAGUAUGCUAAGAGUGAAAUUGGCGUGUAUGAUCCUGCUGUCAAAAUGUAUGCGAAAAGCGAAAUAGUCACUUCUCGUCCAUCCACGAUGAGCGUCUCGGCAAAGAAAGAUUGGUUGAAAAAAGCGUUUAAAAACGCAGCUGAGGCUGCCGAUUGUGACAACGGACAACAAGGAGAAGCCCGAUCUAUGAUCAUUACAGACGAUGCCGCUUCGCGUUUGAGCGUUUCAGACAAGAAGAGUUGGCUGCAAAGUGCCUUCAAGAAAUCUGAAGAAAUUCACUCCAAAGCGAUGAGACCAACACCUUCACACAUUCACUCAAGCGCUGCAACAGAUAUUGUCCAAUCACGUGGUGACUGUCGAGAUGAAAUUGCUGCACGAGCAAAGCGACGCUUUCUACAAAGAUCGACUCGAACAGGAUCCACAGUGAGGAGUCCCGUCAAACGGACCCCAACAACAAAGAGAAGAGUGGACUCACAGCAGGAGUCAAACGUUGACCACAACGCGGUAGCUAAGGAACGGCUAGAGGAAUCGUCGACUCAGCCAAUGGAGAAUGGUGGCUCGAUCGUGGAGCCUAUCAAGCAGCCAACAAGUGAAGUAGUGGCUGAGGAGGACAGAGCACCCGUCGACUUUCGAGUGGCUCGAGAUUUCCUUGUCCAAAGGACCAGCAAGAAUUGCGAAACUACUGACCCAAUGAAUAGAGCCCAUUUCUAG